AUGGCUUCUUCUCUGCUUGCAUCAUGGCUCCGGUUAUAUCCCACUGUACAAGUAUUCGCAACCUGGACUGGUAUUACCUGUGCCCAAGUCAAUAGCCAAGAUAUACCUGCUCGGCAGUUCUUCGAAAGACAUGGCGGCAGUACUUCAGGGCAUACCAACAACUGGGCGGUCUUAGUGUGCGCGUCGCGGUAUUGGUUCAACUACCGGCAUAUGGCAAAUGCGCUGGGAAUGUAUCGCACCGUCAAGCGGCUGGGCAUUCCCGACUCGAACAUCAUCCUGAUGCUUGCGGACGAUGUGGCAUGCAAUCCGCGAAACAAGGUGCCGGGGUGUGUGUACGCAGACCAAGCCCGCUCGCUUGACCUGUACGGGGACAACAUCGAGGUGGACUACCGUGGGUAUGAGGUAACGGUGGAGAACUUCCUCAGAGUCUUGACCGGACGCAUGGACCCGUCCGUCCCUCGCUCAAAGCGACUGCUCACGGACGACCGGUCGAACAUCUUUGUCUAUAUGACCGGCCAUGGAGGCAACGAGUUCCUGAAGUUCCAGGACAACGAGGAGAUCAGUGCGUUCGACAUCGCAGAUGCAUUCGAGCAGAUGUGGCAGAAGAAACGCUAUAACGAGAUCUUCUUCAUGAUCGACACCUGUCAGGCGAACACUAUGUACUCGAAGUUCUACUCUCCAAACAUCCUCGCGACAGGGUCCUCGGAUAUUCAUGAGAACUCCUAUUCGCACGAAAACGAUUACGAUAUUGGUGUCGCCGUUAUCGACAAGUUCACCCACUACAUCCUUCAGUUCAUGGAGGGGAUUAACAAGACCAGCCAAGCGUCCAUGCAGGAUCUCUUCAACAUCUACGACUACAAGAAAUUCGACUCAAACGCUGGCGUCCGAUCCGACCUCUUUGGCCGGCCGCUCACCCACGCACUUGUCACCGACUUUUUCGGGGGUGUCGCACAAGCUGAAGUCCUCAAGUCGUCGCUACCCGAAGUUCGCGCCGAAGCUGACUUCGAAUCCUGGGAUACUUCCCCGUCGUCUGCGACCCAUACCGACGACUACAUUGUUCCACUUGUCCUCCCAGACAUCACAGACACGGGCAAUUCCUCCACAGAACCAGUGCCGGAUAAUAACGAGUCUCUCUUCCCUGAGCCCCACCUGAUGGAUCUCUUCGUAUCGGCGCGGGCAGCACCAGGAUCUCUGCGGGGAGCGAUGGCAGGCACAGCGAGAUCGUGGGCGUCCACUCUGAUAGUGCUUGCCCUAGUGGCUUGGGUAUGUGCUAAGCGAUGA